UUCUAGCUUUUUCUUCACAUCUCUUUAACGUUUGGCUGUGAUUUCAUUCAAAAAUUUGAUCAUACCACUAUAAUUUCUGUCAGUACAGUUAUUUCUGUUUCAGAAUGCAAAAGAAGUAGAUUAUUUUGUCGGUGGAAGCGCUUGGAAAUCUCCGUUGCACCGUAAUUUCAUCGCGAAGAGCUCCGGAGUUGCGAACAUCUGGCACGUACGACGUUGUGGCCAUGCUAGUUUACGAGGAAAACGAACAGUCUCUGUCCAUGUACGCCUGGAACGCUGUGGAGGUCCUAGUUGACGGUCUCCUGCAGUUAGGAAGAGUCGUCAACGUGGUGGAGAACGGCCUGAUCAUUGAUUUCGGCUGCACCUCACAGCGUUCACACUUCGUCGAAUACGGCCGCGUGUUCUACUCGUGUAGAACGUCCGAUCCUUUGGACCCAUACCUAGAGCCUAAAGUGCAGAUUUUGCUGCGGGCGGGACCCCUCUGCCCCUGGGUAUGGUACCCCGGAAAGGCAGUAUCUCUGGGGGACGAAAGUUAUUACGCUGCAGUUUAUAUCGUGGAGGUGCAGCUGCCCCAUGGCGUCGUCAAGGAGCUGCUGCCCAUGAACCAGGUGCGCCGCUCGCUCUCGGACGCCGACUUGGCCUGUCGCCGCGUGCAGCCCAGAGACCUGGUUAUCCGCGGCUGCCCAUUGCCGACGGCCUGGUCUGGCGCAUCGCGGGUGCUCCGUGAGGUGUUCCCGUCCAAGAUUCCUCCAGCGCGGAGAGUGUGGUGCACGCAGAUGCUCAGCCAAACUCUGCUAUACUUGCAGCAUCGUUUGGACCGAGAACUGGAACCUUAUGAACUGGAAGAGCUGUACCAGCGACUGAAGAAAAAAUAUAACAGCAAAAAAAUCUCGCGGCACCUGCCUCUUGCAAGAUCGCUUGAGGUUACAGGUCAGGGGAAGAAACGCAAGCCCCGUGGCAGUUGUGACGCAGUAUUCCAGUCCUUCCCCAGUGAGCUGUUAGUGGAAGUCUUCCGGUUGCUGGACAGCAUUCACCGCACACGCUACCGGCGUGUUUGCGCUCUGUGGAACGCGAUUCUCACCACGGACGCCUACUUCCCCGAUGUGCGUGUCUCCUGUCGCCGAGAAGAUUGUCCGUCGUCCUGCAUGGCGCCCUUAUUCUGGGCGCUGUCGUGCCUCCUCCACUGCGUCAACACUCGCACGAAGAAGGUUAUUGUGAUGCAUAUGAACAUGAGCGAGUGCGAUGAUGCGGACACCCUGGUCCGCUACGUCCUCGGCCGCAAUUGUCGCGUCGGGACGCUGGUGUUCUACGAGUGUUGGUUACAUUACGAAGGCUGGGAUAUGUCGGAUACCAUAAGCGGUCUGCGGCGGAUAAGUGGCAUGGCGGAGCGGGUGGUGUGGUUGCGGUGUCGCGUUGCCGAGGAGCUUUUGACAGCCGUCGUCCCGCAGGACUCAAUUACUUGCCAACCCAAUGAGCAGGUGGAAGUGCAUCUGUGGGAUAUGUUUGAGAGGAAUCUCGUUGUGGAGAAGCCGAUCGAUCUGACGCGUUUGUCGGCGGUGAUUAAGGAUAAGCGGUUCCACCAGCUGAGACAGAUUCUCUGCGAUUACCAGAGCGUGGAUCCGCGCUUUUCAACGCACUAUCGCGGCCGUCAGUGGACCCCCUCCGACCUGGCCGAUCUUGAUGUCAGCAGGCUGACACCUGUGACUGUAGCGGCGCUGUACAAUAUUAUACAAGGAGCGCACUGGCUGUCGCAGUCCGGUCGUUUAUAACCGGGUUGUUCCUUUGAGAGUUCAAAUCCUGUAUUAGACAUGACAUCUCCGAGACGUAACUUUUAAAGAAAUCGCCUUAUAAAAAGAAAAUGGCUGCGCAGUCAUGUUGUUAUCGGUUGGGACUGGAUUGAAUUUUAACAUUGCAUAAUCGUUGUUCGAUAUAUUCGUACGAGUACUUUCCUGUUCGGACUGAUGACGCAACGCAGAAGCGCCCGUUACGCACUAUUCUC